AGCAACAGCGGUAGCGCCAGUAGCUCACUCUAGCCAGUUCUCAGUAACGGCGUAGGCUGCAGUGUGUGUGUACAUGUGUGUUAUAUGUGUUUGUGUAUCUACAAUGUAUAUAUCGGGCACUGUUCCUGCAGCACUCUAAAGAGCGAAUAUACAUGGAGUUACUCUAACUGAGGACUGGAGGAAGCUAUGUAGGAAGACCGUCCUGGAGCUCAUUAGGAGGAAGAAGGAAGACAACAUCUCUUUUCUCUCUCUGUCUACUUUAUUUCAGUCUGUCUCUCUUUCUGUCGGCCUCUCCUUGUUUCUAUAGCUCUUUUCUUUACUGGCUUGCUGCUGCUAGGACUGUGUGCAACAUAACUAGCAGCUUCCUCGGUAGUGCCACAUUUUCAGUGGGUGAUCUGCUGAGAGCUAAAGAUGAACGACUGACCUUGAGUCUCAGGUCAUCUGAUGGUGUGUGCACAGCAGGAACAGUGGUGGUGAGUCGUCUGAAGAUGGGAGAGAUGGAGGAGGUUGAUGUAGACCACAUCACCAGCGACGUACCAUCACAGAAGUGUCCCAUGGUUUGGGAGUCUGCAUCCCAUGCCUGCGUCGACAGAGAAAACAACCCCCUCACAGGACCAGUAUUCAAGAAUCCGGUAUGCAAGGUGUACAGAUUUCAAACCGUGGACAGCAAGUGGAUGCUUGUUCGGGAACAAAUGGAGGAGUGUACGUUGUCCUUUAGCAUCCCCAAACAGCUGCUCUCACUGUACAUUCAGGAGGACAUGAACAGGGUGCAGGAUCUGAGGGAGCUGGGGGAGCUUUCUCCUCACUGGGACAACUUAAGGAAGGAGGUGAUGACGCGCUAUGGUGGAGUCAUCAGCUCCUACCAGGAGACUUUGGCUGAACUGGACAAGAUUACUGGUCAGUCAUUCAAGCCAAGCUGCUGCAAAGCCCAGAAAUCUCUGGAGUUCAUCCCAAUAAACUUGCACACCCAGAGGAUGAGGGUGACAUGCCCCAGAAAAACAGAUGCAUUCUAUGACAUUGUCACUGUCGGUGCCCCUGCAGCCCACUUCCAGGGCUUUAAGUGUGGUGGUCUCCAGCGUCUCCUAAGCAGAUAUGAAGCAGAGAAAAAGAGCUUCAGCACUGCCUACCAGUGUAUCUACUACUCUCCAGAGCACACAGCCAAAGCUCAGGAGGUACUCAGCACCAUGAGCAUCCUCCAGCCCCUCAUCACAAGUUUAGCGGACCAGCUCCUCCAGGCUGCCCAGGAGCACUCUUCAACUGGACUAAAGGAUGCACUCAAGAACCUUUCUGACAAGACUGAACAGUUUGUUCACACACUUAAGGAUGAAUUGGUCAAGAGUGCACUACUAGCACUGCAUGCAGCUCAGCCCGGGUACGUUUCCAAGAACCAGAAGCAAACCCCGGCACAGGCUGGUCAACAUCAAGGCCACAUUCACCAGUGCAGUGACCAGAAUCAGAGUCCGGUCCAGGGACUUCCAGGCCACAGUCCAGCCACGUCUGUAACUGAGAGCACGGUGGUGUGUAAUAAUGUGGAAGGAUCACAAACCACAACCAGAGGAGAAGGUGGGCCUCUGAAGCACCAAGACUCCAUACCACACCAUAAAGAGUAUGAUGAGGAGGAAUGGGACAGGGUGUGGGCCAACGUGGCCAAAUGUCUCAACAGUGUGAUUGCCAUGGUGGAUAAACUCCAGGAGGAAGACAACAGCAAACAGGAGCCAGUCCCUGAGCAGCAGCUAGCUGAUGUCAUCACCUCACACAACCCUGGUGAUUGGAGGGAGCAGCUGUGUCCUCUGGUGACCAGGUUAAAGGACUGUGUGAGGGAGGUGGUGGAGAAGGCUAAGAAAGCCAUGACUUUUGUGCUCCUACAAGAGGCAGCCUGCAGCAUACCACAGGGCUUCCUCUUUCAACAAAGGCGAGAUGUGGUCUUCAGUCAGGCACUGGCAGCCUUAGCCUGUGGUUUUGUCAUGAGGCUGUAUGCAGGAAUGCAGGACAAAGGAUUCCUGAGGCAGCUCCACCUGGUUGGCCUGGUGGCCCAGUUUGAGAGCCUGCUCAGCACCUACAGUGAAGAGAUUGGAAUGCUGGAGGACAUGGAAAUUGGAAUCUCAGACCUGCAAAGAGUCUUGUUCAAGAUCACAGAGGCCAAGACAGAUGACCUCAGUGACCUCCAGCCUUUAGUGUGUGGCCAACGAGACCACUUCACCGUAGAAGUGCCAUUACCAAGACUGGUUUUCCAGACCUUGCCAGAGGAGAUCAAGGAGGGCAAACCUCUACGAGUAUUCCCGGUGCUGUUUAACGUGGGCAUCAAUGAACAGCAAACUAUAGCAGAGAGGUUUGGAGAUAUCUCCCUACAAGAAAGAAUAAACCAGAGGAACUUUGAGAUGUUAGAAGCCUAUUACAAAUCAUUAAGUGAAAAGGUGCCGCUAGAAUGUCUGCCAUGUUUUCAAACACAGACAGACAUAAAGGAAUUACUUGAAACCCUGGGCCAGAAUGUAGUCACAAAGAAGAGGAAGAAUGUGGAGAUACUAUGGAUUGCUGGAACGAUCUGCCGAAGGUUAAAUGGCAUCAGGUUCACCAGCUGCAAAAGUGCCAAAGACCGGACAUCCAUGUCUGUCACAUUAGAGCAGUGUGCCCUCCUACGUGAUGAACACCAGCUCAGCAAGGAUUUCUUCAUCCGUGCCCUGGACUGUAUGCGGAGAGAAGGAUGUCGGAUUGAGAACGUUCAAAAGAACAUUAGAUGCAGGAAAUAUGCCUUCAACAUGUUGCAGCUGAUGGCCUUUCCCAAGUGCUACCGACCACCAGAGGGGACGUACGGCAAAGUUGACUCUUAAGAACAUAAGCCAUGUACUACAAAAUCAGUCGUUCUGUGUCAUCCAAGUAGAAGGUAUGAAAGUUUAGAAAUGAUAGUGAAAGUGUAACUUGUUUGUUGUUUGUAACCAAAACAACUUGCCGGAUGUUUCAUUUAGUUUUGUUUGGUUCUUGGUUGCGCUUCUAUUUGAUGGGGGUCUGUUUAUUCAGUCCCUCAUCCUGUUUAGCAGAUUCGUAUUACUUGCAAAAUUAAUGCACUUUCCCUUUUUCACCUUCUUUAUUUUCCAUAGCGUUUGUGCAGUUCGUUUAUGAUGUUUUUCUGACCUCAGCCUGCAUUUGUCGGCACAAAGAAUUUCUCUUCUUCAGAAAUUUCAGUGGACCUUUGAGUUGAGACUCUUGUGUCACAUAAUCCACAACGUAAAUGAACUUUUUUUUGGCCUCAUUCCAUGUUUGGAUCUACUGAGAUUUACAAGACGAAAGUGCAAGUUUUAAAAACUAAAAGUAUGACCUUCUGUACGGGAGCUUAUGUAUAUCUGCUGUUCUUCAGCAAUGGAUCAGUACAUUUUUAUGGUAUUGCAUAUUCAGGUCCAAACUUUCCAUGUGCUGUUUUUGACUGCAGAUUUAGUAUUUUCAUAAUGUUGGCCCUCAGCUACUAUCCUCGGGGACAUGCCAGUAUUUCAAAACCAGAAUCUUGUUGCCUUUUGAUCACUCAGCCCAUUCUCUCACUGAUUGCACUUGAGCUUUUUCUGUAGUAUAUUUAUAUCUCAAGGUACAACCCAGUGACACCACAUGAAGCACAGCUAGAAAUUAGAAUAGAAUGAGGAUAGUGGACCACCAUUUCUGUAUGCUGUAAAACGAAUGCCAUUAUUUAUUUUUGUAUUUUAAAAUGAUUUUUAUAUUCUAAGGGUUGAUACCUUGGACUGUAACGCAUGUUUAAAAUUUACAUUUGUCUAUUUAAAAUGAAAUAAAAAACUGGUUUGAUGUGG